AUGAUGUUAGAUUUAAAGAAUCAAGGACAAUCUAUUAUAACUUCUUUUGACAAACAAUCCGAGAAAGCUAAAAGUGAGUAUCGAGUUCGCUUAAAUGCCUCAAUUGAUGUUGCAAGGUAUCUUUUGAAAGAAGGAAUGCCUUUUCGAGGUCACGAUGAGAGUGAAACUUCUACAAGAAGAGGCAACUUCUUAGAUCUCUUAAAGUGGUAUGCCGAUAAGAAGGAAGAUGUAAAAAAUGUCGUGCUAGAAAAUGCUCCAAAAAAUGAUAUCAUGAUUUGUCCAAGUGUACAAAAAGACAUUGUGAGAUCUUGUGCAAAAGAAACAUUAAAGGCAAUUAUUAAAGACUUGAAUGGUGAUUACUUUGGGAUAUUGGUUGAUGAAUCUAAGGAUGUCUCUCAUAAAGAACAAAUGGUACUUGUUUUGCGUUAUGUCAAUAAAGAGGGUAAAGUUAUUGAGAGAUUUCUUAGCAUUGUUCAUGUUAAAGAUACAUCUGCAAAGUCAUUGAAAGAAGCAAUUUGUUAUUUGCUUUUGGAACAUUCAUUGAGUAAAUCUCAAAUACGGGGACAGGGCUAUGAUGGAGCUAGUAACAUGCAGGGAGAAAUUAAUGGCCUUAAGACUUUGAUUAUGAAUGAUACUCCUUCGGCAUAUUGCAUACAUUGUUUUGCUCAUCAAUUGCAAUUGACUCUUGUGGCUGUUGCAAAGAAACAUUAUGAGGCAGAACAAUUUUUUGAUAUUCUUGCAAAUGUUUUAAAUAUUGUUGGAGGUUCUUUUAAGCGCAGGGAGAUGCUUCGAGAUGAUCAAGCAGAAAAGCUGGAGGAAUUACUAAUGCUUGGUGAAGUUCAUACAGGAAGCGGAUUAAAUCAAGAACUUGGACUUCAAAGGGCAGGUGAUACUCGUUGGGGUUCUCAUUUUAAGACAGUGCGUAAUUUUAUUAGUUUAUUCUCAUCAAUUGUUCAUGUGCUUGGAAUUCUUGCAAUUGAGGGUUCAAAUUAUUCAUGA